AUGACCAUCACGCGGAAGGGCAGCAAUGGGGAAGAGCACUUCCACUCUCCAGUGACUUCUGGCUUCGAUGUGGACGACCGAACAGACGAUGGCGAGUCCGAUGCGACGACCGAUGCGCCGCUCCAUCCCGUCCCGUCUAUGCAGGCCGCCUUUGAGGAGUCAAUCGACGAAUCAGCAGAUGAACCCGACGGCUCGAACUCCGAAAACAAUGCAGAAGUCAGACGACAGACGUUGCUCGAGUCGCAGAAGUACGACGAUACGUGGCAGGCGCGAUGGAGACAACGGCCGACCGCUCGAUAUCAUCCUUUGCUCAAGCUGGCAUCGCAGAUAGUCUUUGGCCUGCAUUUGCUGCAGCAACAGCAGGCGAAGUCGGAGGGCGAGGUUGUCAAGAUUCUACAGUCGCAUGUAAAUGAGGUGGAUACAUUUCUGGAAAAGACGGCAGAGGACUUUGAGUUGGGUAUUUCAGAUAUUGAGGAAAGAGUACGGCAUUUGAAGCUCCCGAUGGAGCACAAGGGCGUUUUUGAGACAAUGCUGGAUGAUAAGCAGUUCCGGACGCAGCUGCUGGAUGGGAACGAGAAGAUUGAGAGCAUCAUCAAUCGCACGGCGAGAGCAAAGGAUGCUUCACUGUAUGAUCUAAGAGAGGCCGUGAAAGCGAAUAGGGAGCUCGGGAGAUAUCUGGAUACUGUGCGGUAUCAAUGGCCGAAGGAGAAGCGGGUCAUAUCAGAAGUCUUUGACGCUAUGCGCGGCAACGAGCGUGGGUGGUCGAGGUAUAUUGCAGACUUGCAGGAGAAGGCGAAUACGCUGCGACAGAAUCUGGACAGGCUGGGAGCUUUGCUGGGCGAGAUGUCGAGGAUGGCUGCAACAGCGAGUACACGACACGCAGGUCAAAAUCGGAACGGCUCUUUUGGAUCCUCCAAGUCGGCACCUAAUUCACCAGGCCUAAGACCGCGGCAAUUUGAGGGGGCUGUACCGCCUCUGCCCCAAUCUUCUGUCCAGCACACGCAGCUGUACAAGCCACUGCCGCCGCUGCAGAGAGACUCCAGGACAGACAGCAAAAACUGGGGCAAACCGCAAUCGUCUCAUUCCGCUUCUAGGUCCGAACAGACGCAAGUAUUACCGCAGUUUCCAGUCAGCAACGCAACACGAUCCACGAAAACCCCUACAGAACCCCAACGUCCGCGCACCGCAGGCGCCUUGUCCAACCGAAGAGCGCGAGAAGCGGACUCAAGAGCCGACACCGCCGCGCUCGCCGAGUUCUUCCGAGAAGGAGUCAGUAGAUCACAACAACCUGCACACCAAAACCCACUACGAAGCAACCCGCCCGAUCAAAGCUGGCAGACGCACGACUACUCAGGACGUUCCCAGAGUUUCGGCAACAAUGCUCUCCGCCUCACCUCUUCCAACGGCCCAAAACCCCCAGCUUCCCGCUCCAAAAGCCAAGGCGCGGUCGACAUCCUGCAACGCGCAGAACAAGCACGCACCCAAACCGGCGGCGCGAAAGGACGGGACAGCACUUCCACCCGCGCAUCUUCCGACAAGGGCGAUACGCCACAAUCACUAACCGGAAGCCCCUACGCAUCCGGACUCCGCGUACGCUUCGCCUUCGCUCUCAAACACAUCCGGCUCCUCCGCGCCAAAAAGCGGGAGCAUGGAGCCGUUUUACGCGUCGAGGGUUACGCAGCCGACGGCGCCACCGCAGCGGUGGCAGGGCGGAGGGAGAAGGGAUGA